UUCAUUCACCUUAUCCCAAUUCCUCGCCUAUCAAAAACCCUCCAAAAACCUCACUCCAUUGCCAAUGGAUUCAAUCUCAAACCCCCACAAAAAAAUCCAUUUCUAGUUAGUUCCAAUUCUUAAUGUUAAUUUCUUCACCUCUAAGUCUCUCCACAAACCCUUUUCACAUCCUCUAUCUCUGUAUCCAUGGAGCUUUGUUCACCAUUCAAACCCCACCCAAGACCUGACCUCUCUUUCUCAUCUUCCUUCUCACCUUUCCCCUUCCAAACCCACCUCAAAACCCCCCAAAUCUCAACACCCACUUCCCCAAAAUUUCGAAUUCUGGCCGUUGCUUUGGACCCACAAGAACUCCCCCAAAACAGCCCCCAAAGGCUCCUCAAAGAGCUCGCUGAGCGCAAGAAAGUUGUCUCGCCGAAGAAGAGGAUACCCCCGAAGAGAUUCAUCCUAAAACCCCCAUUAGAUGACAAGAGAUUAGCUGAAAGAUUUCUAAACAGUCCCCAAUUGUCCCUCAAAGCCUUUCCUUUAUUGAGUUCUUGUUUACCAUCUUCUAGACUUAACAAUGCUGAUAAAACUUGGAUUGAAGAGUACCUUUUGGAAGCCAAGCAAGCUCUUGGGUACCCUUUAGAGCCAUCAGAUAGGUUUGGGGAUGAUAACCCAGCAAAGCAAUUUGAUACUUUGUUGUAUUUGGCUUUUCAGCAUCCUUAUUGUGAGAGAGCGAAGACACGGCAUGUGAGAUCAGGGCAUUCGAGGUUGUGGUUUUUGGGGCAGUAUGUGCUUGAAUUGGCAAUGGCUGAGUUUUUCUUGCAGAGGUAUCCGAGGGAGUCACCGGGUCCAAUGAGGGAGAGGGUGUAUGCUUUGAUUGGGAAGAGGUAUCUUCCCCAGUGGAUUAAAGCGGCUAGCUUGCAAAAUUUGAUCUUUCCUUAUGAUAACAUGGACAAGUUAAUCCGAAAGGACCGCGAACCCCCUGUGAAAGCUGUGUUCUGGGCAUUGUUUGGGGCAAUUUAUCUCUGUUUUGGUAUGCCAGAAGUAUACCGUGUUCUUUUUGAAGUAUUUGGUAUGGACCCAGAAGCUGAAGAAUGCCAGCCUAAAUUAAGGAGACAACUUGAAGACGUAGACUAUGUCUCUGUGGAAUUCGAUGGCAGAAAGCUAAACUGGCAAGAUGUUGCUGCAUAUAAGCCCCCAGAAGAUGCACUUUUUGCACACCCAAGGCUUUUCAGAGCAUGUGUCCCACCAGGCAUGCAUCGUUUCCGAGGAAAUAUAUGGGAUUACGAUAGCAAACCCCAAGUUAUGCAAACGUUGGGAUAUCCCUUAAUAAUGACUGAUAGAAUUCCAGAAAUUACUCAAGCGAGGAACAUAGAACUUGGACUUGGGUUGCAGCUUUGUUUUAUGCACCCGUCAAAAUACAAGUUUGAGCACCCUCGGUUUUGCUUUGAGCGACUAGAAUAUGUUGGCCAAAAGAUCCAGGACCUUGUGAUGGCUGAGAGGUUGCUAAUGAAGCAUCUGGAUGCACCUGGGAGAUGGUUACAAGAGAAGCAUCGCCGUAUUUUGAUGAACAAGUUCUGUGGUAAGUUCUUGAGGGAAAAAUAUCUACACCGCUUUAUCAUCUACAGCGAGCAAGUACAAGAUGCGUACGAACAUAAUCGAAGAUUAAGGAACCCUGCCACGACCUCUGUUCAGCAAGCCAUCCAUGGGCUCUCGUACACUGUAUACGGGAAACCAGACGUGCGACGCCUCAUGUUUGAGGUUUUUGACUUUGAGCAGAUCCAACCUAAAACCAUGUGAAGAUUUGAGAGAUUAACUCUCAAGUGAACUCAACAAGGGUAAGUCUGGUUUUUCUUCGACUCACAAAUUUGUCCAAAUGGGAUGUACUUCCACAGUUUUUUGUAAGAUUGUUGGUACAUCAAGGCACAAAGAGAAGUACAGUGUAUAUAUUUUUGUUUCUCUGUUUUUUGUAGACUAAAUGUACUAUGUGCUAUCAUUGGAUGCUCUUCCAUUAUUCAAGAAUUAUAAAGCUUUCUGUUCUUGAUAACGUGAUUCGAUCAA